AAAAACGCGCGCUGCUCGUGAUUUAUGUAGCCGUUUUGAGUAUUCUGACAACAUCCACAAAUGGUGGAACCAUUGUGCCGAUAUUUAUAUUUGGUGACUCAACGAUGGAUGUCGGCACAAACAACCACGUGGCUAACUGCAGCUCAACGGCCAAUCACCCAUACAACGGGAUAGAUUAUCCAGGGUCCCAAGCAACCGGGAGGUACAGCAAUGGUCUCAACACUGCUGACUCUAUUGUGCAACUUCUGGGCGGCUAUGAUCUCAGUCCGCUGCCAUAUCUUUCACUCGUCGAGGAUGGUUCCAACUUCACGAGAGGGAUAUUUAACGGAGUUAACUUUGCUUCUGGAGGUGCUGGUCUUGGUAAACUAACUGAGAAAGUUGUAUCUAUGGAAGAACAGGUCCAACAAUUUGCAACGGUUCAGGGAAACAUAACAGCAUUACUUGGGAAGUCUAAAGGUGAUCGUCUGCUUCAAAAGUCCAUGUACAUCUUCAGCGUUGGAAGCAACGACAUCAUGGAAUACUAUUUCACCUAUCCUAGGAUUAUGACUCACGAGCAGUUUGUGAUCAACCUUACCGACACCUAUGCCAUCCACCUAAAGAACUUAUACAGUAUGGGGGCAAGAAAGUUUGGAAUAUUAAGUAUUCCACCAAUCGGGUGUUGUCCAGCUGCACGUUUUGCGGCUCCUAAUGGUACUUGUGUCAAUGAGCUAAACGAUUUGGCUAGAGCGUGCCACGCCUCAUUUGAAUCCCUUACGAAAAACAUGAGUUGUACGCUUGAAGGAUUCAAGUACUCACUUGCGAACACAUACAAUAUGACAAUGAGUGUCAUUACCCAAAAAUUUGGGUUCAAAGACGUCGUGUCAGCAUGUUGUGCCGAUAAUUCACCAUUUGGAUUAAGUGAAUGCUUGAAAGGAGUGCACCUUUGCAAGUAUCGGGAUGAUUAUUUGUUCUGGGACAAAUUUCAUCCGACUCAAAAAGCCGCCAAAUUAGCAGCUACUGUAGUGGUUUCUAGCCAAGAUCCAGCUUUUGUGUCUCCCAUAAAUUUUGGUAGUUUGAGAAAGGCUUGAAAAGAUUGUUACACAUUAUGUACUAAAUGUAUUGCAUUCCCAAAUAAACUACACCAGAUCUUGUAUGCCUCUAUUUUCAAAUUAUUUAUCAAUAAAAUGUAACAAUAAUACAUGAAUGAAUGUCAUUUGCAUUGGCAGUAUGUAAUUGAUGUAACGUCGUUGGUGAUCACUACCAUAUUAGUGAGACAUUUAAUGAUAAUUUCUAUUGGUUUA